UUAUUUGACUGUAAAAUAAAAAAGAACAAAUUUCCAACGAAACUUCUCAUGCACCCGGGAGUACCAGAUAAACCACCGUUAAGUUUAACGGAAUAAGCUGACUUGUCAACCGGUAACUUGAGAAUGAAGUUAUAAGGGAGAAUAUCCUGAGGCAUAUUUUGCAGAAUUGGAGGGUAUUCCUCCUUAAAUACACCCUUCUUCUCUAAAUCCUCGCAACAAUCCUCAAAAUCCCUCGUCUGUCCAAUUCUCACCCUCUGUUUUAGUUUUUAUAACAAUGGCUCUUAAAGCUUUUCAUGUCUCCGACGUCCCAAACCUCGACCAAGUCCCACAAAGCGCUUCUUUCUCUCUCUACUCCACCCGUUUCUCCAAAGGGUUGGAGUUGAACAGGGCAGCGUCGUUUAGGAUACCAAAGUUUUUGGUAAUAGGGCAUCGAGGGCAUGGCAUGAACCUUUUACAAAGCUCUGAUUCAAGAAUGAAAGCCAUUAAAGAAAACUCUAUCCUCUCCUUCAACUCUGCUGCUAAAUUUCCCAUUGAUUUUAUUGAAUUUGACGUUCAGGUGACAAAAGAUGACUGCCCUGUCAUUUUCCAUGACGAUUUUAUCCUCUCUGAAGAAAAUGGUACAGUGUUUGAGAAGAGAGUCGCAGAGUUGUGUUUAGCAGAAUUUCUUCGCUAUGGACCCCAGAGAGAAGCAGGGAAAGAUGGGAAAUGUUUGUUGAGGAAAACAAAAGAUGGGAAAAUUGUUAAGUGGAAUGUUGAAAUUGAUGAUUCACUUUGUACACUGGAAGAAGCUUUCCAUAAAGUUGAGCCUUCUUUAGGUUUCAAUAUUGAGUUGAAAUUUGAUGACAAUAUUGUUUAUCAGCAAGACCAUCUCACCCAUGUUCUACAAGUCAUUUUGCAGGUGGUGUUUGAGUUUGCUAAAGAUAGGCCCAUAAUCUUCUCUAGCUUUCAGCCUGAUGCAGCUCAACUUGUUAGGAAGUUGCAGAACAACUAUCCUGUUUUCUUCUUAACAAAUGGUGGGACCGAACUUUGCUAUGAUAUUAGGAGGAAUUCCCUGGAGGAGGCCAUAAAGGUCUGCUUGGAAGGAGGUUUACAAGGGAUUGUUUCAGAGACCAAAGGAGUGUUCAGAAACCCAGGAGCAGUGCCUAAGAUCAAGGAGUCUAAGCUCUCUCUCCUGACAUACGGCAAACUCAACAAUGUGCCUGAGGCUGUUUACAUGCAACAUUUAAUGGGAAUUGAUGGAGUGAUAGUUGAUUUUCUUCAAGAGAUCUCACAGGCAGUGGCUGACAUGAUUAAGCCUGCCAAAGCAGUUAAUGCAGAGGAGGGUUUAAGUGAAGGGAAUGGGGAGACCGAGGCAAAAUCAAAGCUUCAGUUCUCACAGCAGGAGCUCUCAUUUCUCUUGAAGCUAAUUCCAGAGUUGAUACAACACUAACUCUUGCCUCUAACACUAUAGUUUUGCCAAUUGUUUCCUUCUGGGCCGUAACCCAAUAACACGUUUGUAGAUAGAUUGUUAUUUUUAAGGUGGAAAAUCUUUCAUACUAUCAUUUUCAUUCCCCGAACCAUUGGUGUCUAUCACUUGGCCGCAUAUUUGAUGCAUAGCAAAAUUUAGUAGUGAAAAAAAAAAAGAAGAAAAAUGUCUCUUUUUCUAUUUUUUUCUGUUAGAUACUAUCAUGCAAAUGGAAAGAGGGUAUACGAAGAAAAGACUAAUUAUCUAUCAUAAUUUCAGUUCAGUGAUUUAUCUUAAGCUAGUCUGGCAGUGUUUGAAACAAUGGAUUUGAAUCUGUAAGCACCCACAAUAUACAAUCUCAAAGGAAUGUUGAAUAAGCCUUCAUUCUUAAAAAGAAACAAAUAAAUAAUAAGAGCUAAUGCAAAUCAUAUACAUAUAUGUGUAAUGAUGCAGAGAAAAGAUAAAGCUAAAACUAAAGCUAAAAUUCUUUCUAGAAUCGCAAGAAACUGAAAAAGAAAAGGCAUGGAAACAAGAAACGUGAGGCAGGCGUGGCGAAGUU